CGCGUUCCUUAUCAUAAGAAGAUAACACCUGUUUCCUAUUGACGUUAUCUUAAUAUUGCUGGCUUCUUUGCUGUUCUAUAAAAUCCGGUAAUAUUGCGCGCAUGGCGUACAGUACUAAGGCAUCAUCACCAUGGGCUGCUUCACUUUCUUCGCGAUAUUUUUGGCGCUACUUUUGGCUGUUUCAGUUGAGUCAACGAAAAAGCGUUUUGAAUUCAAAGACAUGCCACGCAUUUCUAAUUACACGCAAGGUAGUGAAUGCCCAGCUAUAAGUUUUUACAACGACUGCAAUCUCUGCGUCUGUCACCCUGAAGGCGUUUCCGCUGUGUGCACAGAGCUGACUUGUUCCGAAGCGGAUAUCAUGCGCAUUGACAAUUACAUACGCAACUUGGAGUACUACGCCAACCACUCGCGAGGUGUGGAGCGCAGCUGUUCCUGCUCGGACAGUUGCGUCUGCUCCGGCAGUUCGUUUUGCUCGGGCAGCGCGGUCUGCUCGGGCAGCGCGCAAUGCCAGGGCAGCGCUGUUUGCUCGGGCAGUGCGGUCUGCUCGGGCAGCUCACAAUGCCAGGGCAGUCCUAUUUGUCAUGGUAGUCCCGUCUGCUCGGGUAGCGCCGUCUGCUCGGGCAGCGCUUCUUGCUCAAAUUAGCGAGAAGAGGAGUUCUUCGGAAGAUUCGAGCACAAUACUCGUUUUAUUUGAGUUGCAUAUCGAUAAAGAAAUGGUAGUCCUGAUUGUAUGACGACUAUUAAAAUGCGUUCGUAUUGCUAAUCUGUCUAUUUUGUAAGAUACAACUGUAUAACGUGUUAUUGACAUUGUAUAAUAAAUAAAUAUACAUAU